AUGUCCAACAACGUUAACAACCACACGGAUCAGCCUUCUUCUUCUUCUUCUGGUCCCUUUGACCUGCUAUUGUUCGAUUUGGAUGGGACUCUGUACGAUCAUGCCUGCGGCUACGAAGAUCACAUCCAUGCCAACAUUUUCAAGUUCAUGGUGGAAGCCAAAGGUGGCAAGUUUGAUGCCAUUCAUUCCAUCGAACAGGCACAGCAAGUUUGGACACCGAUAUUUGCCAAGUAUAAUCUCACCAAGAGAGGAUUGAUGGGAGAGGGAUACGAGUUUGACGGGACAGCCUAUGAUACCUUUAUCCGAAAAGGUGCCGCUCAAUUUAUACAACAGCCGGAUCCAGAGCUACGAUCCUUUUUGCAAUCCUUACCGCAACGCAAAAUCAUCUUUACCAAUGCACCCGAAACCAGCGCCCACGAAAUUCUACAAUUGCUGGGAGUCGCCGAUCAGUUCGAAGCCGUAUUAGGCAGUGACUUUAUGGGAAAUGACGUGUGCAAACCAGAACGAGCGGCAUUUGACAAAGUACUCGAGUUCCUUCAGCCUCCAGUAGUAGUACCACCUCAUCGCAUUUGUUAUUUUGAAGAUUCCUUCAAAAAUCUACUGGCGGGCAAAGAGCUUGGAAUGGCCACGGUGUUUGUCACCAGUGCCACGCUUCACAAGGAAGGUCGCACCCAAGAGGAUCUGGCACAAUUCGAUGCCGUCGUGGAGCGAAAAGUCGGUGCCAGUCUGCGAGAGUCCAUGCCCCGUCUGUGGAAUUAG